AUGCAAAAGUAGCCCAAGUCUAGGCACUCCACGCGAGCGAUCCCGGUGCUCGCUGCUCGCGCUUUCGCUGCUCUCCGAACGCCCUGCUUCUCACCACCGUUUUGGGUGUCAAGAUGUCGCUUUCCAACAAGUUGACUCUGGACCGGCUGGACGUGAAAGGGAAACGAGUCAUCAUGAGAGUGGACUUUAAUGUUCCUAUGAAGAACAACAAGAUAACAAACAAUCAGAGAAUCAAGGCAGCCAUCCCAAGUAUUAAAUUCUGCUUGGACAAUGGAGCCAAAUCAGUUGUUCUUAUGAGCCACCUGGGCCGGCCUGAUGGUAUCCCCAUGCCCGAUAAGUACUCUUUGGAGCCAGUGUCUGGAGAACUUAAAUCUCUGCUAGGCAAGGAUAUUUUGUUCUUGAAAGACUGUGUAGGUCCAGAAGUGGAGAAAGCUUGUGCUGACCCUGCCCCUUCUUCUGUCAUCCUGCUGGAAAACCUCCGUUUUCAUGUGGAAGAAGAGGGUAAAGGAAAAGAUGCUUCUGGCAACAAGGUUAAAGCUGAACCAGCCAAAAUAGAAGCCUUCCGAGCAUCACUUUCCAAGCUAGGGGAUAUUUAUGUCAAUGAUGCUUUUGGCACUGCUCACCGAGCUCACAGCUCCAUGGUUGGAGUCAAUCUGCCACAGAAGGCUGGAGGAUUUUUGAUGAAGAAGGAGCUGAACUACUUUGCCAAGGCUCUGGAGAGCCCAGAGAAACCUUUCCUGGCGAUCUUGGGCGGAGCUAAGGUUGCAGACAAGAUCCAGCUGAUCAAUAAUAUGCUGGACAAAGUCAAUGAGAUGAUUAUUGGUGGUGGAAUGGCUUUUACCUUCCUUAAGGUGCUAAACAACAUGGAGAUUGGCACUUCUCUGUUUGAUGAAGAGGGAGCCAAGAUUGUCAAAGACCUGAUGUCCAAAGCUGAGAAGAACGGUGUGAAGAUUACCUUACCUGUUGAUUUUGUCAUUGCUGAGAAGUUUGAUGAAAAUGCCAAGACUGGCCAAGCUGAUGUGGCCUCCGGUAUACCUGCUAACUGGAUGGGCUUGGACUGUGGUCCUGAAAGCAGUAAGAAGUAUGCUGAAGCUGUUGCUCGGGCUAAGCAGAUUGUCUGGAAUGGACCCGUAGGCGUAUUUGAAUGGGAAGCAUUCGCCCGAGGAACCAAAGCCCUCAUGGAUGAGGUGGUGAAAGCUACUUCCAGAGGAUGCAUCACCAUCAUAGGUGGUGGAGACACUGCUACUUGCUGUGCCAAAUGGAAUACGGAAGAUAAAGUCAGCCAUGUGAGCACUGGGGGUGGAGCCAGUUUAGAGCUCCUGGAAGGUAAAGUCCUUCCUGGGGUGGAUGCUCUCAGCAACGUUUAAUAUUUUCCUGCCUUUUGGUUCCUGUGCACAACCCCUAAGUCAACUAAGUGCUUUCUACAUCUCCUCUUGGUAUUAGCUAAAAUCUUUCCCUAUGUCAAGAUUCAGCUAGUAGCCACUAGAUGAGGCACCAUGAACCUUUAGAUUUACACAGCAUCUCAGCUUAUCUUUUUACUGCACCGUGGAUUUGCGUACAUUCUUCAAGAUCCCAUUUGAAUUUCUCAGUGACUAAACCAUUGUGCUAAAUUUUUAUUUUGCCUGUUUAAAAAAGCUACUAGUUAUCUUUUUGAAGUAGUUUAUUCUAAUUAUUUUUAUCAGUGUUUCACUAUUCAGCAUGGAAAUGAUGAAAUUCCUGCUAUAGGGAAUUGGGAUGAAAUUGGUCACCUAUUAAAUAAAUAAUAAAAGUAUCUGUUGAAACUGGGA